AAAAGUACGGGACUGCCCCUCGCCUCAGUGUGUAACUACCCGGCCGGCGCCGCCUUCUAGAAGAUUCUGGCCGGCCGCAACCGCCAAGAGACGCCCCUCGGAUUCGCCAACCCAACCCACUCCGCCCGCCGUACGUCGUCUUCACCGUCUCUCGCUCUUCCCACUCCCAUAAAGGCCGCCGCGAUGGCCGCAGCGUUGGCCCACGCACACGCGCGGGCGGAUGGCCGACAGCGACGCCGAGAGCCGCUGGCCGCCCGGGGCCGCCGCCGACGUGAGGAGGGGGGUCUACGACCGCCUGCGUGCCGCCGGCAACCAGGAGGCGCUCUCCGACCCCUUCUUCGACCGCGUGCUCGAGGACCACUACGAGCGCCUCCCGGCCAGCUACUACAUCGACCUGGACGUGAACAAGGCGGAGGACGUGCUGCUGCACCGCCGGAUCCUCGCCGAGUGCGCCGACCCCGACAACCGCCCCGUCUUCCACGCACGAUUCCUACGGUACCUUCGGAAGGACAAACCGCCAGAGGUUGGAUCUGCUCCAAAUGAAAACGCUAAUUGUGGGUGCUCUCUGGCUCCCAAUUUGAGCAACGGCGAAUUCGAGCGGAUGAUGGAAGGCUUCAGUUUGGGGCCAAUAAGAGAAGGCGUGGACGAGGCCAUUUCUGCAAGGAGGGAUACACAAAUUCGCCUUCAUGAAAUUCACCUUCUUCAUGAAAUUAUUUUUUCUUCCGUUGACAAGCCAAAGUUCCUUAGUCAGCUAUCUACGCUGUUGUCCGAUCUUGGAUUGAACAUUCGUGACGCUCAUGUGUUCUUCACAACAGAUGGAUUGUGUUUGGCCAUAUUUCUUGUUGAUGGCUGGGAAACAGAGGAGACAGAUGGUUUGCUGCAGCAGCUCAAGGAGACAGCGAAACGUAAUCCCUCGUUAUCCAAUCUAACAAGUUCAGCCUCGGAGAGAAUAUCAGAGCUGCAAGAAAAGAUUGGAGAAUCUGAAUUUGACAGGGAUCUGUUGCAGAUUGAAGAAAAGAUUGCGUCCGGAUCUUCUGGAGACUUAUAUCGAGGAACUUACCUUGAUGUGGAUGUUGCAAUAAAGUACCUUAGAGCUGAACAUGUUAACGAUAAUUCAAAAGUGGAGUUUUUGCAAGAAAUAAUGAUUUUAAGGAGCGUUAAUCAUGAAAAUGUUGUUCGCUUUUAUGGGGCAUGCACAAAGCAGCGAAAGUAUCUCAUUGUAACAGAGUACAUGGCUGGAGGUAAUCUGUAUGACUUCCUUCACAAGCAUAACAAUGCCUUGGAGCUUUCCUUGAUUCUUAGGAUUGCUAUUGGCAUAUCAAAAGGCAUGGAUUAUUUGCACCAGAAUAACAUCAUCCAUAGAGACUUAAAGUCUGCCAAUUUACUAAUUGGCAAUGGUCAAAUCGUGAAGAUUGCAGAUUUUGGUGUCUCUCGUCAACGAUCGCAAGAGGGUGAUAUGACUGCUGAAACUGGCACCUACAGAUGGAUGGCACCUGAGGUGAUAAACCAUAAGCCUUAUGAUCACAAGGCAGAUGUCUUCAGCUUUGCUAUUGUUCUAUGGGAGUUGGUCACUUCAAAGGUCCCAUAUGAAAACCUGACACCAUUGCAAGCGGCACUGUCAGUAAGGCAGGGACUUCGUUUGGUGAUUCCCUCAGGUGUGCAUCCGAGAUUGUCUAAAUUGAUUCAACGGUGUUGGGGCGAAAACCCCCAUACGCGACCCGUUUUCUCUGAGAUCACCGCGGAACUGGAAGAUAUCUUGCGGCCUAUUCAGGCCGCCUCCAGCUCCAAAGGAGGCCAUCGACAUACCAAACAAAAGAUACAGAUGAAAUCACAGCGAUAGAAAGAAGGCGCAUGCUCCUGGACCCUCUUUUCACAUUGUCGCCCACUAAAAAGCGCGACAUGCGCACACCGUCUCCUGUAUAUAUGUCAUGUACAUAAAUUUUGUGCUCGGUUGUUUUGAUUCCCCCUAAAAUGCUCACAGGACGAACUGGGUUAAGUUAGCACACCCGUGCUACAUAACCUGAGUGAUAUAGUUUUAUGUUUUAUAUGGUUAUUUGUUUUGCGAGUGGCUUAAUAGUUCGGUGUGUUUGAAUUUUGGUUCAUGUACGAUUAUGAGUUCGUCUUGUAAGGAACAUGAGAUGAAAAUGCCAUUAUCACAUGUUCCAUUUUGGUUAUUAUUUAACAUAUUUUCUUGUCUGGAACACGAUAAAUUAACAAGUUUUUGCAGCUUCGUUUGGCAUCUUAUUUUUGCAGGAAACAAUAAACAAUUCGGUGGCCACAGGAAUCGAGGGGAAAAAUGAUCCUGUGUGUGGUUGGGCUUGGCCCAGUAAUUAUCACCACGUGACCAUCUCGGCUCUCGGGUAAUGGAUCUCUUGGCCCAAUUGACAUAUUUCCUAUUUCCAUUCCAAGAGAAAAAAAGGUAGAUCUCAAAAAAGAAAAAAAGAGGAAAAUAUAUUGCUGGUAUGCUCCUAUUCCAGUGCUUUCUAGAUGGCAGGGAGGAGCACAGAAGAGCAUGGUGUGUUGUGUCAGUUUGUUCAUUGUCCUUUAGCAUCCUUUCCCCUUUCUAGAAAAUAUCUAAUAUCCUAUAUUUUUGCAGGAAACAAUAACAACUCUCAGUGGCGGCAGAAAUCGAAGGGAAAAAAACCCGUAUGGGGUUGGGCUAGGCUCAUUUGUUGUGAACAUACAUCAUCUUGGGUGAUAAACCGUAAGCCUUACGAUCACAAGGCAACUUUGUGAAGGGACUUCGCUUGGUCAUCCCCUUGAGCGUUCAUCCGAGAUUGUCUAAAUCGAUUCAACGGCAUUGGGGAAAAAACCUACAUAUGUGCCCGUUUUCUCCAAGAUCACUGGGGAACUGGAAGAUAUAUUGCGGCCUAUUCAGGCCUCCUCCAGCUCCAAAGGAGUCCAUCGACAUUCCAAACCAAAGGCAAUUAAAUCACGUCGGCAGAACACCCAGGCCUUAAUGGCCUGGCCCUCUAUUUUCAGUUUUUCAUAUUGUCGCCUUGAAUAAUCGUGUGUGUGUCAACUGUCCCCUGUAUGUAUGUCAUGUAUAUUGAAUUUUGUGCUCGGUUUCCUAAAAUACAUGCCGGGAGAACUGGGUUAGGUUGUCGCAUGCUCGUGCAACAUAACCUAGAGGUGAUAUAGUUUUAUGUGUUGCACGGUUUUUUGUUCUGCAAGUGGCUAAUAGUUAUGUACCCUUUGCAUUGUGGUUCAUGUACAAUGAUCAGUUGGUCAGAAAGAAC